UUGGGGUCGUCUAAUAAUCAACCAAAAAUGGUAAUCAACUUAACAACAAGACAAAGAUAAGAAGGGAAGGAAUAACUAUACAGGUUUUGUGAAAAGUUAGUUAGAUACCCUUCCCAUUAUAUACAGAAAAGGGUUUAUACAUACAAAUUGCUUAUUUUAAUAUGUAAAAACACACUACAGUUUGCAAAUAAGUAUCUAAGUAGAAGAACUGGGGAAACAUAACAUAUGCAUAUCACAUAUGCAAAAUGUUGCAUUUUGUGGUCAAUUUACACCAGUUGUAUUACUACAUUAUAAAAACAAAGUAACUUUUACAAACUAAUUAUAAUUAAUUACUUUCUCACCUCAAUCACUAACGGUUACAUUCUGCUGUAGUUCUUGAUGUAAAUCAUUAUAGUAAAAGUAGAAACAACAUUAUUUUUCCUAGUUGGGGUAUCCUUUUCUCGCAUCCUGGAGACUUUACGCCUAUAUGUACCACGGAACUUGCCCUAAUGGUGAAGCUGAUGCCGGAAUUUGAAAAGAGGAACAUAAAACCUGUUGCCAUGUCUCUGGACACCACAGAGAAUCACCUCAAAUGGAUCAAGGAUAUCAAUGCAUUUGGUGGUUAUGAUCCAGAAGCUCCAUUGCCCUUCCCUAUUAUUGCGGAUUCAGAUCGGACUAUUGCAGUACUUUUGGGCAUGGUAAAGCCAGCAGCUAUAAAAAAGACUGGGUUGCCAAUCACAGCUCGUCAUUUAUUUGUCGUUGGCCCUGACAAAAAACUCAAGCUGUCUUUUAUUUAUCCAACUACCACGGGAAGGAAUUUCUCUGAGGUCCUACGGGCCAUGGACUCUCUCCAAAUCACAGACAAGUAUGGUGUGUCAACGGAGGCAAACUGGCAGCCUGGGGACAGAAUUGUGGUCCCUAAAGGCUUCCCUCCAGAAAAGGCUGACAAAUUGUUCGUCAACAAAGUGGAAAUUGAACCCCUUCCAUCUGGAAAGCCAUAUCUGCAGUUUGCAGAGCUCAAAAAGUGAAAUAUGGGAAUAUGAACGGAAGUAGCAGAAAGUUACCCUACUCAUCUUGCUUUGUUAGGCGGAUGAGUAUUCAUUACAAAGUAACAUAAACUAUGAUAUGGAAUGAAAAUAUGUGCCAAUCAAAUGACUUUCUAUGUAUGUUAAUCAUACUCUACAAUGUAUUAGGUAAAAUAAUAAAACAUAUACUAAUCAAUAAUUAAAAAAAUAAUUUUUCUUUAAUUGAAAAAUGUAAGAAAUCG